CCCGCCUGCUGCUCUCUGAUUGGUUAAUAGUGGUUAUUCUGCGUUAUCAUUGGCUGGAAGAUGUCGGAAAAGGACGGCGCGUGAGAACCAAACCAUACAGUCAUUCAAAAAAAAAAAAAAAAAAAGCAAAAAAGCGUUAGUACCGAAGACGGGUUUUUUUGGACGGAAUGCGGGCGGGAAAAAGAAAGGUCUCAGCACAGGAUGGCUGCUCAACCCGUUUUUAAUAAUGAGAUUAAUUCGUAGGAAGAUCGCGAUCGUUGUUGUGUUGGCGUACGUGUUUUUUUCAUUGUACGCUGCAUACAGUGUGUUUUUCAAUAAGAAGGUUAUUACUCGUGUGCACAGAGUGGUAAAGAAGGGCUCUGCACCUGCAGAUCAACCCAAAGUAGGCGAGGAAGAAUGGAAUCCAUGGGAAGAGGACAAGCGAGCAGACUCCAUCUCUGUACUACAGAAACGGAGAGACGCUUACAGAUCAUAUCAGGAACACAUUGCAAAGAGCAGACCCAAAAGAUAUAAAGUUCAAAUCUGGGGUAAAGCAGCUAUAGGACUUUACUUGUGGGAACACAUUUUAGGGGGUCCUUUAAACCCGACUGAUAAGAUGGGCCAGUGGAGGGAAGGAGAGGUCCAGUCAGGGAAGAUCAAUUUCAGUUUCUACACAGGCCCAGCAGUGGUGCAGGGCCACAUUCCUCUGGACACAGACAGUGUGGUGUUGGUGUUGAAUGGUCGGGAACAGCAGAAGAUCUCAUAUUCUAUCCAGUGGCUACAGCACGUGCAGACUCUAGUGCAGGCUCACACCAUCUCGAAAGUGGCUGUGGUCUUACUGGGAAGUGAGCAGUGCACUAAUGAGUGGAUCAACCCCUAUCUGAAGAGAUCUGGAGGUUUUGUGGAUCUGCUGUUCCUCGUCUAUGACAGUCCCUGGGUCAAUGAUAAGGAUGUAUUUCAGUGGCCUCUUGGUGUAGCCACGUACAGACACUUCCCAGUCGUAACGCCCAAUUCACAGAUGGUCAGCACUGCACGACCGUAUAGCUGCAACUUCCUCGGCACCGUCUAUAAAAACUCCUCCCGGGAAACACUCCUGGGCAUUCUGAAGCAGAACAGCUUGGAAAAACAAUGUCUUACGAAUGCACGGGAGAAGUGGCUUCCUCAGGAGACUGCAGAAACCUCCAGACAGUACCAGAUGGCUCUGGCACAGAGCGACUUGACCCUAUGCCCGGUUGGAGUAAACACUGAGUGCUAUCGCAUCUACGAAGCAUGUGCCUAUGGCUCUGUGCCCGUGGUGGAGGACGUCCUGACUCCAGGAGCCUGUGCCAACGGCCGCAGCUCCCCUCUUCGGCUACUCAAAGAUGCUGGGGCACCUUUCAUUUUCCUUAAAGAUUGGAAGGAGCUUCCAGCCAUUUUGGAGAAGGAGCGUGUGAUGACUCAGGUCGAGAAGACUGAGAGGAGAAUGAGGCUGCUGGAGUGGUACACUGGAUUCCGCCAGCAGAUGAAAGACAAGUUUACAGAAGUCCUGGAGGAAUCGUUCUUUAAACUGAGCUAGGAUGAGACACGUGAUCCGAAUUUGGAUUUCAGUUGAAACACAUCGAGUUGUGAUUCAACUUUAACUUAUAGUUAAACUUCUGUAACAUAUGAUCAGUGAUGGUGGUGCACCAAUCUCUCCAAUAUACAUACAAUGUCAGCAUCAAAGCUUUUAAAUAUUUUCCCAUAGUCAUAGGAUCCUGGCAUCCACACAGUAACUGAGACUCUGCAAGACUUAUGUGAAACCUCACAGGCAUGAUCUUGACAAGCAUGAAGGCAGUUUCAUGUCCAUUAUUUGUGUGUGUUCCAUUAUUUUUGGUCUGUUACUCCAAACUGGAUAAAUGCAUCCCUAGUCACUGAUUUCUGGCUGAAUUUUAAUCCACUGCUUAUUUACCAAACCUUAUUUAUUUACUCAAUACUUUUGGUGUUAAUAUUUGAAAUGUGAACACUAAUUUCAGUAAACUUUUGGUUGUUUCAUUUGCUGCUGGUCAAUGACAUGUAUUAUAAUGCUCAUCUUUAUUUAACCUAAAAUUGUGUUUUAUAGUCUUUUAGACAGAUGUUUAUUCUUUAAUAAUUUAAUCAUCAUUUGACUCCUCUCAGUGCAAUAGAAUUAAAAGAAUGCAACCUACUGAAAUUA